GAAAACCAACCAAAAGUUGUGCUUUUAGUAUUUAGCUUUGAUAAAUAAUCUCGCAAUACGAAAAAGGACAAAAUCUUUAAACUAACUACUACAAUACAAAAGUUCCCUUAGCUACUGAAAAAAGGGGAUUUUUUUCAAGGCAAUUGUGGCAUCAGUGUUUGAAUUGGAAGAUUGUGAAUCUUGGAAGAAGAAGAAGAUGAUGAUGAUGAUGAACAGCAGGGAUGAAUCUGAUAAUGCAAGCACAGCAACAUCAUCGUCUCUUACAUCCCCAAAACUGCCAGUUUACUAUGUACAGAGCCCAUCACGAGAUUCCCACGAUGAUGUUGAUAAGUCAUCAUCCUCCAUGCAAAAUACUCCUGCUUAUCACAGCCCCAUUGAUUCCCCUUCUUAUUCAUCUAGGGACUCUUCCUCUAGCCGCCUUUCCGGGAAUUGGCGAUGGGCCAGGGGUUACAAUCGGAGAAGAAGUGGGAAAGGCUGGCAAGAAUGUGCUGUCAUUGAAGAGGAUCUUGAUUAUGAUCAUAUCAAUCAAGCCUAUUCAAGACGCUGCCUGUUUUUGAUUGCUCUCAUGGCUUUUGGAGCUUUUUUUGCUUUCUUUUGCUUCAUUUUGUGGGGAGCCAGUAGACCUUACCAACCUCACAUCACUAUGAAGGCCUUCAGGGUACAUAACUUCUAUUUUGGGCAAGGGUCAGACCGCACAGGUGUUCCAACCAAGUUGCUUACAGUUAACUGUUCUGUGACCAUGGCCAUACAUAACCCUGCUACGUUUUUUGGAAUUCAUGUCAGCUCCAACCCUGUCAAUCUUUUCUUUUCAGAAAUCACAGUGGCAACUGGCCAGUUGGACGAAUAUUAUCAACCAAAAAAGAGCCAGCGCAGUAUGUCUAUGAACCUGGAUGGAUGUAGAGUUCCCCUAUAUGGAGCUGGGAUAGCCUUGGUAAAAUCAGACGGCAGUGAGGGGGUUCCAUUGAAAUUAGACUUUGAAAUCCUGUCAAAAGGUUAUUUAGUUGGCAAGCUGGUGAAGACAAAGCAUCGGAAACACAUCUCUUGUUCCUUGCUCAUCAGCUCAAGAAGCACAAAGGAAAUAAAAUUCAAGCAGGAUUCCUGUGCAUUUGAUUGAGGUUGCAACAUCCAGUCCAUUCUCCAAGAUAUAAUUACCAAGGCUAUCAUUAUAGUCUAAAGUUGCUAGAUAAUGCGUAAUAGGACAAUGUUGGUUCUUUUCUUCUGAUAUUUAAAGUUCUCUAUCCUUGUCAAUUGUUUCAGAAUAAUUUUCUAAAGCUUGAAGCAAGAGGAUAUGGGUCCAGACCCCACUUGUGGGAUUACAUUGGGUUGUUGUUGUUGUUGUUGUUGAAGCAAGAGGAUAUGGGUAAAUUGGUACAGAGGCCUUCCUAAGGUGCAGGAACUCUGAAAAGUUGUUGAGCAUCGUGACAAGCUGCUCCGCAGCAGUUGUACCACAAUAUCCUCCUAGGUACCUGUUUGGUUUCUGGGAAGGAAAAACAAUCUGCUGAAAAGUUAAUUUAAACCCUAUGGGUUCAAUUUUUAAAGCUUUUAGCAUUGAACCCACAAGUUCUCUCCUGUUUUGAGUCCAGAAAACACGGCAUCAUGACUCUUCGGAGCUUCUAUCACAUAUACUGCUAAAAGCGAUUCUAA